CGUGACACGACCCGGAAGCGGAAGUCCUCGAGAAAGAAGCAGGAGCGAAGCGUCAGUGGGGUGGCGGUGGUGACGUGACUCUUUCGCUGGUUGCCUGGAUGCGGGGGCGAGGCUAGCUUUGCCUCUCGGCCCCGGGCCCCAGCCGCCGCCGGCUUCGCGAGGCGCCCCCGGGACAGCUGUUGCGCCGCCCCGGAGCCAGGCCUCCGCCUCCUCCGCCGCUUCGGAGCCAAGGAGCUUCUCUUCCCGAUCAUAUUUGAACUGACUGUGAAGUUGCCAAAAUGGUGCUAGCAGAUCUUGGGAGAAAAAUAACCUCAGCAUUGCGCUCACUAAGCAAUGCUACCAUUAUCAAUGAAGAGGUUUUAAAUGCAAUGUUAAAAGAAGUAUGUACAGCACUAUUGGAAGCUGAUGUCAACAUAAAGUUAGUGAAGCAACUAAGAGAAAAUGUCAAAUCUGCUAUCGAUCUUGAAGAGAUGGCUUCUGGCCUCAACAAGAGGAAAAUGAUCCAACAUGCUGUCUUUAAAGAACUUGUUAAGCUUGUAGAUCCUGGAGUCAAAGCCUGGACACCAACAAAAGGAAAACAGAACAUAAUAAUGUUUGUUGGAUUGCAAGGAAGUGGCAAAACAACAUCAUGUUCAAAGUUGGCAUACUAUUACCAGAGGAAAGGCUGGAAGACAUGCUUGAUAUGUGCAGAUACUUACAGAGCAGGCGCUUUUGACCAGUUAAAACAGAAUGCAACAAAAGCAAGAAUUCCAUUUUAUGGCAGUUAUACAGAGAUGGAUCCUGUGAUUAUUGCAUCAGAAGGUGUUGAAAAAUUUAAGAAUGAAAACUUUGAAAUAAUAAUCGUUGACACAAGUGGUCGUCACAAACAGGAAGACUCUCUGUUUGAAGAAAUGUUGCAAGUUGCUAAUGCCAUACAACCAGAUAAUAUUGUUUACGUGAUGGAUGCCUCUAUUGGUCAAGCCUGUGAAUCUCAAGCAAAAGCGUUCAAAGAUAAAGUUGAUGUUGCUUCUGUGAUUGUGACAAAACUUGAUGGCCAUGCAAAAGGAGGUGGGGCACUUAGUGCAGUUGCUGCCACUAAAAGUCCAAUCAUUUUUAUUGGUACUGGUGAACACAUAGAUGACUUUGAACCCUUUAAAACACAACCUUUUAUCAGCAAACUUCUUGGUAUGGGAGAUAUUGAAGGAUUGAUAGAUAAAGUAAAUGAAUUGAAAUUAGAUGACAAUGAGGCUCUUAUAGAGAAACUAAAACACGGUCAAUUUACCUUGAGAGAUAUGUAUGAACAGUUUCAAAACAUCAUGAAAAUGGGACCCUUCAGUCAAAUCUUGGGUAUGAUCCCUGGUUUUGGAACAGAUUUUAUGAGUAAAGGCAAUGAACAGGAAUCAAUGGCAAGGUUAAGGAAACUGAUGACGAUAAUGGACAGUAUGAAUGAUCAAGAACUAGAUAGUACAGAUGGGGCCAAAGUUUUCAGUAAACAACCAGGAAGAAUCCAAAGAGUAGCAAGAGGUUCUGGUGUUUCAACUAGAGAUGUUCAAGAACUACUAACACAGUACACAAAAUUUGCACAAAUGGUGAAAAAGAUGGGUGGCAUCAAAGGACUUUUCAAAGGAGGCGACAUGUCAAAGAACGUAAACCCAUCCCAGAUGGCAAAACUGAACCAACAGAUGGCAAAGAUGAUGGAUCCUAGAGUUCUUCAUCACAUGGGUGGCAUGGCAGGUUUGCAAUCAAUGAUGCGGCAAUUUCAACAGGGUGCUGCUGGAAACAUGAAAGGCAUGAUGGGAUUUAAUAACAUGUAAAAAAAGCCUUAAUAAACUGACUUGGUUAACCAUAUUUGCUGAAACAUCAAUAAAAGAAUGAGAUCUCCUAUUUUUACAGUGGAGGGGAAUGUUAUUGCAGCAAGUGACACUUUUGAAACUUCAAUUCUGAGAAUUUCUAGAUUUAUUUCUAGAAAGUGGUUAUAUUUUUGCUUAAAUUAGCUUUUUUCUGUUUUAAUUUUGAUGUUACAUGGAGAUUUAAGUUAAAAAUUUAAUCAUGUACAAAUUUAAUAUUUAGAGGAACUUUUUAAUUGCCUUAAAUGGCAGCCGUUAUAUUUGUAAACAAUUCAAAUCGUUGGUUAAUACCAAUAUGUCACAAAUAUACUGUAAAAUAAACUUAAGUGAUUGUAAAUUUAA